CACGGCUCCCCACCAAAGCCAGACCACGCGGUCAAGAAGAUAAAGCCUAGGAAGGGCUCAGUCCGAAGGCAAUGAAUACGAAGAUGACUAGUUGUCGGCCUUGAAAGUGCCUUUUUUUUUGUUUUUGCUCGCUCUCAACCAGAAUGUCAACUCACCUCCAUUAACGUGACAGAGGGCCAAAUCACCUCGCUUUCCCCCCUUCGCCCCUUGCGAUACGGAGUAUUCAGCCAUGGCGUCCUCACGAUAUUCGUCUCCAGAGAAUGACAUCUUCUCCCUAGACACCAGCCUCAUCCCGCCCCGCGAGAACAAGGUCGCAGGGACGACGAACAUCACCUUUGACAAUCUCCUCCCGAGCACCACACCGCUUCUCCUCCACGAAGACCUGCAGGAAGGAUGCGGAGGCCAACUCUGGCCCGCGGGCAUGGUACUCUCCAAGUACAUGCUCACAUACCACAAGACACGCAGCCUGCCGGGCAAGUCCAUCGUGGAGAUCGGCGCGGGUGGUGGUCUCGUGGGCCUGGCGGUCGCACUGGGUUGCGAAGUCGACUCUGACAAACCAAUUUACAUCACCGACCAGGUCCCGAUGUUUGCACUGAUGCAGAAGAAUAUUGCGCUGAACAAUCUGCGAGGACGAGUGAGGGCGGAGGUGUACGAUUGGGGAACACCACCCCCCGCCAGUGUGCUGGCGCAUGGAGAAUAUCCGGACAUCGUGCUGGCGGCGGAUUGUGUCUACUUUGAACCUGCAUUCCCGUUGCUGCUGAGUACGCUGGAAGAUUUGAUCGGCCCUUCGACGACGUGUUACUUUUGUUUCAAGAAGAGACGGAAGGCGGACAUGCGCUUCAUUCGUGCCAUGAUGAAAAAGUUCGCCGCGGAACAGAUUCAGUACGACGGUCGGGAAGGGGAUCAGCGCGAGGGCAUAUUUCUAUACAGAGUCCACAGAAGAUAAGAGCGAUAGAGGUCAAAUAGAGAACAGGUUGUUCAUGCAACAACAACAUAUCAUUACAACUCUGGUGGUA